AUGGCCAAGCUUUACUCCUACAAAGAAAUCGCUGAACACAACACCGAAAAUGAUCUAUGGAUGAUCAUCGACGGUAAGGUGUACGACUGUACCAAGUUCAUGGACGAGCACCCAGGUGGUGAAGAAGUUCUCUUGGACCUUGGUGGACAAGACGCCACCGGGCCUUUCGCUGAUAUCGGCCACUCGGAUGAUGCCGUCAAGAUGUUGGAGGACCUGUACGUGGGGGACGUUGACAAGGACAGUGAGCCAAUUGCGGUGGUCAAGGGAGACCCAGCAUCCACAACCACAGGUGGUGAAGGUAACGGCGUAAUGAUCCUCGCGAUCGCCGCCGUUGCACUAGCCGUUGUCUACUUCUACCUGAAUCAGAAAUGA